ACCCGCCCCCAUUCCUUGGAGCCUUAAUCCCUGUACAAAUGAUAUCCCAUUUGCUCUUCAAUUUCAAUUAGUUAUUUAUUUUCCCUCUUCAUUUUCUUCUUCUUCUUGCUGCUGUUGUUUUGAAUAAAAAAAAAAUCAUGGAACAAAAGCACGUCUUGAUGUCGGCCCUAGGUUUAGGGCUCGGCGUCGGAGUGGGCCUUGGCAUUGGACAGAGCAAAUGGGCUGGCGGCGCUCCGCCCACACAGUCUUCGGGGAUGACGCCGGAGAGAGUCGCCGAGGAACUCAUGAGGAUGGUUGUUGAUGGGAGGGAUAGUAGCGUUACGUUUGAAGAAUUUCCGUAUUAUCUCAGUGAGCAGACUAGAGUUUUAUUGACGAGUGCUGCUUUUGUGCACUUGCAACAAGCAGACUUUUCCAAGCACAUGAGAAAUCUUUCUCCUGCAAGUCGGACCAUCUUGCUCUCUGGCCCUACAGAGUCAUACCAGCAAAUGCUUGCAAAGGGUCUAGCUCACUUCUUUGGUUCCAAGUUGUUGUUACUUGAUAUUUCAGAUUUUGGACUUAGGAUUCAAAGCAAAUUCGGUGCUGCCAACAAAGAAUCUUCAAUGAAAAGAUCCAUCUCAGAGACGACACUUGAACGAAUGUCUGGUUUAUUUGAAUCUUUUUCUAUGCUUUCUCAAGGGGAGGGACGCAAAGGAUCAUUGCGAAGACAGAAUAGUAGUUUUGAUAUGAGGGAUUCAGAAGGCGCAAAUAGAAUGAAGAGGCUACGAAGAAAUGCCUCUGCUUCAGCUGAUAUGAGUAACCUUGCUCAGUUCCCUCCUACUUCAGUUCCAUCAAAACGCACCGGGAGCUGGCCUUUCGAUGAAAAGCUUCUUAUUCAAUCAUUAUACAAGGUUCUUGUUUCUGUGUCCAAAGCCGCUCCCAUUGUCCUGUAUAUAAGAGAUAUUGAUAGUCUUCUGCUUCACUCCCAAAGGAUAUAUUCCUUAUUCGAGAGAAUGCUUCAAAAUCUAUCUGGGCCAGUGUUGAUACUUGGUUCGAGGAAGAUGAAAUCAGACAGUGAUUCUAAUGUAGUGGAUGAGAGGCUUUCUGUUUUAUUCCCUUAUAAUAUUGAGAUCAAGCCUCCAGAAGAUGAGAACCAGAAUCUCAGUUGGAAGUCCCAGCUAGAUGAAGACAUGAAAAUGAUGCAAUAUCAGGAUAAUAGAAACCAUAUCGCAGAGGUUCUUGCAGCAAAUGAUAUUGAUUGUGAUGAUUUGGGCUCAAUCUGCCUAGCAGAUGCUAUAGUUCUCGGUAAAUACAUUGACGAAAUCGUGGUUUCAGCUGUUUCUUAUCAUUUGAUGAAAACCAAGAAUCCCGAAUACAGAAAUGGAAAGCUUGUUAUAUCAACAGAGAGUCUCUCACAUGGACUGAGUAUAUUCCAAGGAAGUAAGCAUAGCAAGAACGGUAGUCAAAAGGAGGCAAACGUUGAAACAUCAAAGGAGGCUGGGAAAGGAGCUGUUCCCGCUGCUGGAGCGUCUGUUGCAAAACCUGAAGCUCCAGUAUCUGGAAACAAAAGCGAAACAGAAAAGCCAGCUCCAGUAGCCAAGGCGGAUCAAUGCGAAACAGAAAAGCCAGCUCCAGUAGCCAAGGCGGAUGUUAGCGCUUCACCUUUACCUCCAAAAGCAACUGAAGUUGCUCCAGACAAUGAAUUUGAGAAGCGUAUCAGACCCGAGGUCAUCCCAGCAAGUGAAAUUGGAGUAACUUUUGAGGAUAUAGGUGCCCUAGAUGAUAUCAAAGAAUCUCUUCAGGAGCUUGUCAUGCUUCCACUCCGAAGACCUGACCUCUUCAAAGGUGGUCUCCUAAAGCCCUGCAGAGGAAUUUUACUCUUUGGACCUCCUGGAACAGGGAAGACAAUGUUGGCAAAAGCCAUAGCCAAUGAAGCAGGAGCAAGUUUUAUUAAUGCAUCAAUGUCUGCUAUAACUUCAAAAUGGUUUGGUGAAGACGAGAAAAAUGUCAGAGCUUUGUUUACACUGGCAGCAAAGAUAUCUCCGACUAUAAUUUUUGUCGAUGAAGUUGAUAGCAUGCUCGGACAGCGAACUAGGGUUGGAGAACACGAGGCAAUGAGGAAAAUCAAGAAUGAGUUCAUGACGCAGUGGGAUGGGCUUUUAACAAAGCCUGAGGAAAGAAUCCUUGUUCUUGCAGCAACAAACAGACCGUUUGAUCUUGAUGAAGCAAUUAUUAGGAGGUUUGAACGCAGAAUAAUGGUUGGCCUGCCGUCGACAGAGAACAGAGAACUGAUUUUGAAGACAUUGCUGUCAAAAGAAAAGGUUGACGAAGGGCUCGACUAUAAGGAACUGGCUACCAUGACAGAAGGAUACAGUGGCAGUGAUCUCAAGAACUUCUGCACUACAGCAGCGUAUCGUCCUGUCAGGGAGCUAAUCCAGAGAGAGAGACUGAAAGAAUUGGAGAAGAAAAAGAGGGAGGACAGAGGAGAGGCUCCAGAGGCUUUGGAAAAUAAGGAAGAAGCUGGGAAAGCAUCAAUCUAUCUUAGGCCAUUAAACAUGGAAGACAUGAAACAAGCAAAGAAACAGGUUGCAGCCAGUUUUGCUGCGUCGGGUUCUAUAAUGAGUGAGCUCAAGCAAUGGAAUGAUUUAUAUGGGGAAGGGGGCUCAAGGAAGAAAGAGCAGCUAACUUAUUUCCUAUAAAUAUGGACAUGUACAUAACAAAAGCACGAGCCUUUCUUCUAACUGUAUGGGUAUACAAACAGAUUUAGGUUGUUCCGUUUGGGUUGUAACGAGAAUGUUGUUUCUUCACUUCCCCUUGUAUCGAUACAUGUAUUUAUUUGUAUUCUAUUGUACUGUAAUGUUUUUUGUCU